AAUUUUUGUUUUUAUCAACCAAAGUAAAUAAAUAAAAUUAAAGAGAGUAUGAGGGGUUGUUCAACCCAAUUUGCAUCAAGGUGCAAGCAAAUACCAUUGAUCUGGGUUCUCUCUCGAACUUCAUCUUCUUCCUUUCCUCCUCCCUCCUCAUCCUUCUUCUUUCUUCUUCUUAUUCUUUCUUUCUCUCUCUUCUCCCUUCUUCUUCUUCUCUCAAACCCAGAUCUGGGUUUUUCUCAAACCCAGAUCUGGCAUUUCAGCAACCUCGCUCACCUCGUCCAUCUUGGACGCGCUCGUGCCACUGCUACUGCUGCUGCUGUUGCUUCUCCUCUGCGACUUGUCUUAAUCUCUUCGCAUUUCAAUAUAUUUCCCUUUCCCCUUCCGUCAAAUCUCAGCCUUUCAAUCCCUAUACUCUACUACCAUCAUGAACCCUUUUUCAAUAUUGAAUCUUACUUCUCUCUUCCCGACAAUGCAACUCUCGAUUCAUUUGAUUACCUUCUUCAGCAAUGCUCAGCAGCCCGUCAAUGCAAACAAGUUCAUAAUCAGAUCCUCAUUGGCAGUGCGUAUCGGUCGGAAUUCUUGGCUGCCCGAAUUGUGUUGAUCUGUGCUCGUUUCGGGCUUGUUUUUUAUGCCCAGAAGUUGUUCGACACGAGCCCAUUUGAGCAUACCUCAAACAUGGUUUUGUGGAAUUCAAUUUUAAGAGCUAAUGUCUCUCAUGGUUACUAUGAAACUGCCCUUAAAAUUUAUGUCAAGAUGCGUAAAUAGGGUAUUUUUGGUGAUGCCUUCACUUUCUCUUUGGUUAUAAGGGCUUGUGCGUUUCUGGGUAGUUCUUAUGUGGGAAAGAAUAUUCAUUAUCAUGUGUUACAAACUGGAAAUCAGAACUGUGUUCAUGUUGUUAAUGAAUUGCUGGGGAUGUACACAUAGCUGGGCAAAAUGGAUGUUGCACGCCAUCUGUUUGAUAAAAUGUGUGAAAGAAACAAAAUUUCUU